CCCCCGGCUUCCUGCGAUUCACCAUGACUCUCAGCCAGCCAGUAAAGCAGAAGGUUUAUUUGGAUGACAGGAAUACAGUCCAAGACAGGUCUUGCAGGCACAGACAACCGGGACCCCCUCAGUUAGGUCCAUCUUGGGGUCCCCGGGCAUCCAAGCCCAGCCCCCCUUGGGAGGUCAGAGCCAUCUAUGCCCCCCAGCCCUCUCUCCCUGCCUGCUUCCAGCACUCUGCUUUCAGCGACCCCUCCCACAGCCUUUGUUCAGUUUCCCGGGCUAAGGAGUCGCCUCCCCUUCAACCCCUUCCUGGGUUCUCAUGUUACACACUCAGGUAUGCGCCCUCGGGCGCCCUCGGGCAGAUCCCAUCCUGCAAUGCAGACUAUCCCAGAACACUCCCCUGUCAGCAUUCACAGACCACCGUGAGAACAGGCCCAGUUCGUCACACCGUCUGGGGUCCUCCUGGUACCAUAUCUACCGACGGUGGUCCUCCUUGGAAUAGCCGUGAGUGGGAGCAGUGGGGUGCAGACCAGUUAAGAGCUCCCAUCCUACAUCUGCCACACCACCCGCAAAGCAAGGGGGUGGUGGAAAGAAAAAUCCAAGAUCUUCAACCUAAGCUGAAAAAUGGGAAAAUAAAUCGUCUGCUGUUCUCCGGGGCAGCAAGUCUGAAAAAUGGCUUCUCGCCAAAAGCCACUUGUUGAGGGUGACCCCUGGAAGCCUUUGUACCAAAAGGACCAGUGGGUCUGGCUUGUAUUGCCUCAAACGUAUGAACCCCUGGACGGAAAACUACCAGAGAGGUGGGAAGUGUCUGGCUGGUUGCCCUGAGAGGUAGGCAGCGCCCUGCCCAGAUAUCAUCUCAGUCUGUUUGCUUUGACUCUGGACAAACAAAAGUGAAAGAGUUCGACCCGCCUGGGAGACACUCAGCCUGUAGCUUCCCGCAGCCUGCAAAGCUGGAGACUAACACGGCUGCUACUUUGAAACCAUUCUCCAUCCUGGUGUUCUUGGAUCCAGACGGGCUGCGGUUCUGGGAGAGAGGCAGUAACCGGGCUCCAGCCAGGCGAGCGCCAUGGUGGGCCCCCCAAGGAUGCUGCGGAGAAGGAGUUGGGCGCUGGUGCUCUGUGUGAGCAUCAGCUUCAGCUUCUCUGUGCUGUGGAAGCUUCAGAGCCGGGUGUCCCAGCUCAAGAUAGUGUUGGCGGCCGGCAAAGGAGCGAGGCGGGACCCCAAACAUCCCUGCCGGCCCAUGGACCAAAACAGGAGCCCCAUCCCCGAGGCCCCGGUGAUGGGGGCGGAGCAGUGCCGGGGGCUGGUGCAGAACUGGAGCGCAGGGACCCUCCCCGCCAGGCUGGACCAGGGCUGGAUCUUGAGGCAGCUGAAGCUGGUGCAGCGCUGCCCCUGGGUGCAUAACGCCAGCGCCCUGGGCCAGUACAGGGAACAGCUGGGCAGCUGCUGUAACGCUUCAGACGACCUGGUGCUGACCCAGAACAACACCCAGCUGGGCUCCCAGAUCGUCUACGACGCUCAGCGGAACAAGAAGCAUCCAGUGAAGGAGGAGCUGCUGGAGAUGCUGCCGCAGGUCUCCCCGUUUCAGGGCGCUCCCUACGAGUGCUGUGCCGUGGUGGGGAAUGGGGGGAUCCUUCGUAACAGCGGCUGUGGCCCCGAGAUCGACCACGCCCAGUUCGUCAUCAGGUUCAACCUGCCCCCCAUGGACUUUGCUGACGACGUGGGCACCAAAUCGAGCGUCGUCACCAUGAACCCCAGCAUCCUGCACGCCCGGUUCAGGGGUCUGAGCCGCUGGCGCCGACCCUUCGCAGAGGUGGUGGGUGCCUAUGGGGCCCCGCUGCUCCUCAUCCCGGCCUUCAGCUUCGUCGGCCAGAGCACAGUCUCAUUCCAGGCACUCUACACCCUGGAGGACUUCGGCUCCCCAGCCCGCGCCAUCUUCAUGAACCCCGAGUACCUGGCACGGCUGGACGGGCACUGGCGUUCCCGUGGCCUGCGCGCCAAACGCCUUUCCUCUGGCUUCAUGCUAGUGAACGCCGCCCUAGAGCUGUGCCAGCACCUCACCCUCUACGGCUUCUGGCCCUUCCCCACCGACCCCGAGGGGCGGCUCCUGCCCCACCACUACUACGACAACCAGCCCCCCAAGCCAGGCGUUCACACCAUGCCUGACGAGUUCACCCGCUACGUGGGCAUGCACAUGCAGGGCGCGCUGCGGCUGCAUCUGGGGCGCUGCUGGUAAGGAGCUUAGCAGCGAACGCUGGAUGGAAUGAGGUGGCCCGGCACCACCAUUGCAGGCAGGGCUUGAAGGAAGAAAUGAAGGACGGCCUGGCCUGGGUAGAGCCACUCUCCGCCCUAGACGCCCUGAUCCAGCCAGGCCUCAGCAUCGACGAUCGCCUGGCCCACCGCCAACCAGAAAGUCAGGCCAGCGUUUGACCCGCACCGGAGUCAACCCAGCCGUAGAGAUGCAGAAAAGAGCUGGCAAUGAGUCUUCGACGUCUGCCUAUAUUGGGGAGAUGCUCACGACGUCCAUUAAGACCCGUGUCCUGCCCCGGUUGGGAACCCCCUUGGGCCGACCCGUACCCCAGCCAAGGUCGGGCCGUGAGCCUCCCGCUUCCUCUUUGCUUAUCACUUCCCACCGUGCCCAAAGUGGAGCUGGUGGACUCAGGGGCCUCUGAGAACUUCCUGGACCUCGACGUUGCUUGGACCCCGUAAUGUUCCCACUCCGCGUAAGCGCAUCCCCGCCUCGGUGGAAUCCCUUUCCCCAGACCCAGUUACCAUUCAAAUGCCACCCCCCGUGGCUGUGACCCCGCUCCAGGGCCCCCGGGAGGCAUCACUAUUUGGACUAAUCUGCACCCCGCCAAUUCCCCGUCAUCCUCGGCGUUCCUUGGUGGGUCGGCCAGGCCCAUGCAUCCAAGGGGGACCAGGCCCGGCGGCUGACUUCAAAGGUAGAUACCACCCUGUCCCUCGCCCCUCCAUCCACGCUGGGUGUUCUGGAGAAAUACCGAGAUGGUGCUGAUGUCUGACAAAAGGAAAUAGCGGUUGUCAGGGUUCCUUCCCCACUCUGAACUUUAGGGUACAGAUGUGGGGGACCUGCAUGAGAAGCUCUAAGCUCAAUUAACAGCUUAGAUCUGGUCUGGCUGCCACCACUCCCAAGCACUAAUUCCCUUCCCUGGGUAGCCUUGAGAGACUCUUCCACCAAAUCCCUGGUGAACAUUGAUCCAAAACCCCUUGGAUCUUAAAACAAGGAGAAAUUAACCAUCCCCCUCCUUCCUCCCACCAACUCCUGGUGGACCCAGAUCCAACCCCCUUGGAUCUAAAAACAAGGAAAGAUCAAUCAGGUUAUUACAAAAAGGCUUUUAAUUAAAGAAAAGAAAGGUAAAAGAAAACCCUCUGGGAGAGAUUAGCAUACCAGCUACUAUCACAGACAACAGAUUCCAAACACAGAGGAUGUUCCCCUGGGCAAAAACUUAGUCAAAAAAUAUCCAAAUACCCAAUUUGACUAUUCCUCUAAUUGCACAAGACGGGUUACAAAGAAAUAAACAUAAACCUAUUUAUUUCCUUCACUAAUACUCACUACUUGAUAAGAUGCUGAAUUCUGGAGUUUUCCCACUCAGGUCCAAAGUGAAAACUCAACAGACAAAGGGAAUUUCCCUCCUUCCCUUUGAACCAUCUUGUCCUCCCAUUGGUUCCUCUGGUCAGGUGUCAGCUAGGCUAGGUGAACUUCUUAACCCUUUACAGGGAUUUACCUCUCUCCAGUCUGAAAACCAACCGUGUAUUCCUACCCUGUUUCCUAUCUUUUAACUGGAGUGCCUGGCAGAGCCUUCGGGAUCAUCUAACGAUCCUUAAUUUAAUGUAAUGACAAGCCUUGUGAUCUUAAUCACCCUGCCUCUGGUUAUAAACAAACUCCCUGCCCCUUGGGGGUGGAAGCUGGCAGCAACACAGGACUUAUCACUGUAGCCUAUAGGAUUACCCUGUUUGUUUGCACAGAUAUCUCUUAUAGUUUAAUAUAAAUCGAUAAACCUAUUACAAUAAACCAAACACUUACAGUAAGUUUGGCUGUAACGCAAGGGACCUACAGGCCAGAUCCGGGAUGUUGAGGUAAGAAAUUUAGCGCAUCUAUGUCUGGGACCUUCCGCCUAGAGAGAUAGAUAACGGGAGAAUGGCAUAGAGGGUUUUCAAGUUUGCACCCACAAACUUAACAGGUACCACCAGGGAAGAACGGGAAAACCAAAAUAACAGAUGUGUGUGUGUGACAUUGCACUCCAUAUGAUUUUAUAAAAAUAUGCUAAUGGGUGAAUAUGAUGUAACUGGAAUAUGCUUCAUGCAAAAAGUCUCUUGUAAGGUAUCAUUACAAAGCUUAUAAUCUAC